UGUCAUGCAAGUCCCAAUCGAAUUUUGACUUAUUUGACAAAGAUGUGUUUAGUGCGCACAAGCUCUUUCUGACGUUGACAUUCGAAUUUAAAAGAAAGAAAAAAAUGCCAAAGGACGCUGGCAGGUGUGGGAUCGGUAUUUAUUUACAAAUUGUCAGCGUGAAAUAAUCCUUGCCAUUUUUAAAGCUUAGCAGAAAUUAAAGACUUAUUGAUUGUGGAUGAAUAAAAGUAUAUCAAUAAUGUCUACACACAUUGGACUAGGCGAAAGUAUUGAGGACUAUGAAGUGCUCCAUUUACUUGGUAAAGGUGGCUUCGCCAGUGUGUAUAAGGCGCGUUCUACGCGUACAAACGAAAUGGUGGCUAUCAAAAUGAUUGACAAACAGCUUAUACAGCGUGCUGGAUUAGCCAAUCGUGUGCGGCAGGAAGUGGAAAUACACUCGCGUCUUAAACAUCCCUCUGUUUUGGAGCUGUACACAUUCUUUCAAGAUGAAAAUUAUGUAUAUUUAGUAUUGGAGUUGGCGCAUAAUGGUGAAUUGAAUCGUUACAUGAAACAACAGAUGGGGCGAUCCAUGACAGAAGAGGAAGCGGCCAGUAUAUUGCGACAGGUUGUCUCCGGUUUGCUAUAUUUGCAUUCCCAUCAGAUAAUGCACCGAGACAUAUCCCUAUCGAAUUUAUUGCUCAGUAAGGAUAUGCAUGUUAAAAUCGCCGAUUUUGGAUUAGCAACUCAGUUAAAGAGGCCAGAUGAGAAGCACAUGACUAUGUGUGGCACACCCAAUUAUAUAUCUCCAGAGGUGGUAACCCGAGCAACACAUGGUCUGCCCGCGGAUGUGUGGGGCCUCGGUUGUAUGUUCUACACAUUAUUAGCGGGUCAUCCACCCUUUGACACUGAUGCUGUGCAGUCCACACUUACAAAAGUAGUAAAAUCAGAUUUUCAAAUGCCCCAACAUCUAUCGUACGAUGCACAGGAUCUAAUUGAACGUUUAUUAAAGAAAAAUCCGAGUGAGCGAAUAACACUGGAACAAGUGCUGCAACACCCAUUCAUGGUAUGUCGUGAACAACGGUAUGGCACAGCUGCCGGUUCAGCUGCUGAUAGUAACAAAAUUCAAAAUAACAACUGCAUAUCAACAAAUCAACAGAAAUAUUACCAGCACCAGCAAAGUGCUGCGAGCUGUGACAGCGGUAUUAUAACCUUUGCCAGCAGUAACUCCAGUUCAUCUCGUACAGCUGCACUUCAACGUUCACGUUCGAUGGAAAAGUAUCCCACACGUGGCGCUCUGGAACGCAUACAUGAACAUCAUCCACAACAUCAAUAUCAAGCAGAUUUUACGCCACUCAAAGCAGCACAUUCUUACAAUUCCUUGGGUAGUGGUUUCAUGGAACCACAUGAACCACGUCCAGUUCAUACAUCAACACCUCAAAGUGAUAGCAUGGAACUUGAUUGGCAGUCUAAUGGCUCGUCUAAAUACAAGAAUUUGCCGUCAACUCCGAACUAUUCUAUAACUAAUCAUUUUCCUCUCCCAAAGCCAGUAGUUGAGAACAAUGAAACUAAUUUUACGACUGGUGGCACUGACUAUCUUCCGCAAAAUGCAAAACAUCCGGGGGGACGGGAAAAAUUGGUACGUUAUUCUAAUGUCGGAGAAAUUCCAGAGCAAAAAAACACAGAAGAGCGUUUGAGCGUGCCACCAUUGAAUACUGACCGUCUUUUACCGACACGGUACAAAACUAAAAAUGCAAUUAUGAGUAUUCUAUCGGGGGGUGAAGUGGCCAUAGAAUUCAUAAAGUAUAAAAGUCGUUUACGCGAAGAGCGCAUAACCGAUGUAUGCUGGAUUUCACAAAAUGGCUUGCGUAUUACAAUUUACCAGCCAGAUCCGGGAAGAGGCCUUCCAAUAAGUGAAGAACCGCCAGCUAUGUUAACAGGCGAUUCGUCAACUGUUUACACAUACGACAAUUUACCCAGCAAACAUUGGAAGAAGUACAUCUAUGCUUCGAGAUUUGUUAAUUUGGUUAAAGCAAAAACCCCCAAAGUAACAUUUUUUAGCGCACAAGCAAAGUGCCAUCUGAUGGAGAGUAUGGAAGAUUUUGAGGUAUUUUUCUAUACUGGCGCCAAGGUGACAAAAUCGCCGACACAGGGUUUACGCGUCUAUGAUAAACAUGGGCGUCUGUUGCAAAAUCACGAAGAAUCAGUGGCAUGCAAUUUAUUGCAGCACCAAGAAGAAUGCCUGAAGCAUUGUCAGGCGAUUUGUAGUGCAUUGCAGCUGGUACAGACAAGUGGAAAUUGUUGUUUCCCAGCUGUGGUAGGUAGGCGACCCAGUGAAUUGGACGUUAUGCAAGGACAGUGUAUCACAACUGCAAUGCGGGACACAACGAAUUUGAUUUACCUAACGCCAAGGUCGCAACAGGGCAGCAUCAACUUCUCAAUUGACACUAUGUCUUUAGGAUUACGCAGCGGCAGCAACUUUAGCAAUGCAUCAUCGCAACAAUCAAUGGGUUUGCAACAGCAGCAGCAACAAGAGCAAAUAAUGGCAGCACAACCCAAUGUACCGAUACGAAAAAUAAAUAUACCCGGAAUCGGUAUCGCCACAGAGCUAUCGCAUGGUAUUAUACAAAUACAAUACCCAGAUGGAGCUCAUGUCUCCGUGAUACCUGCUAACCAAGGUGGUGGCAUCACUUUCACACAAACGAGUGGUUUGUCCACGCACUUUAGCACGCAAGACGAUCUGCCAUUUGUGGUAAGAGAGAAAUUAGCACAGUUACCGCAAGUAGAGCGGCAGCUGAAGCAGGCGCCCGUAUUGAGCUCAAACGGGCGCUACGGGCAACCCAAGCAACAAAAUUAUACCCACGAAGGUAUGCAAGUAGGUACGACCCCACGCACUCCGAAUGCCUGCGCUAAAUACAGCACCACCACCACCGCCGCCAGAGACACGCAUCAGCAUGUCAUGAAAUAUUUUCGCUAGUGCGUUGAGUAUGGUGGUGUGUGGGCGUGUUAGAACAGCGCGUGCGGAAGUUUCUUAUUUUAAAAUUAAUUUAUUUGUAACAAACUAAAAUGAUUUUAUUUUUUUUUUUAUAGAAAUAGGUAUUUUCUAUUGUUCAUACUUGAUUACAAUUAAUGUAUCUAUGUAUAUUUGGUAAACUUGAAUUGAAUUAAAGGUAAAAUAUACUGUUUAUACUGCUUUUAAAUUUUGUGAAA